UGCGGGACAGUCGCGUCGGGCGCACGCCGGCAAGCCUUGCGUCUCGACUCGCCUCGCCAGCCACGCCGUGUAGUGCGACAGCGACAUGUCGACGGCGGCGUGCUAGCACCCCGUCGGCCCUUCGCCCCCGGCCCCUCCCCCGCCCUGCCCCCUGGCGCCUGGCUCGCCUGGCCGAGGAUGGACUUACUGUGCGCCGAGGAGUUGGCCUGCGACCGGCUGGGUUCCGGCGAUCAAGCCUUACCGACCGGCGCCCUGGACGCCCCCGCCGGCCACACCGCCGCCUGCGAUGCCGUCAUCUUCGAGGACCUGCGCGUCCUGCACAACCUGCUGGAGCUCGAGACCGUGUACGUGCCCGAGUGCAACUACUUCGUGGUGGUGCAGAAGGACAUCCUGCCCUACAUGCGAAAGGUGGUCUCCACGUGGAUGCUGGAGGUCUGCGAGGAGCAGCAGUGCGAGGAUCAGGUGUUCCCGCUGGCCGUCAACUUCCUGGACCGCUUCCUCUGCGCGUGCGCCAUCUCGCGCAAGCAGCUGCAGCUGGCGGCCGCGGUCUGCCUCCUGCUCGCCUCCAAGAUCCGCCAGUGCCACGCGCUGGGCGUGGACCUGCUGUGCUUCUACUCGGACCACAGCAUCGUGCCGGACGAGCUCAGGCGCUGGGAGCUGCUGGUGCUGUCCAAGCUGCACUGGAACGUGACGGCGGUGACGGGCUUCGACUACGUGGACCACGUGCUGGAGCGGGUGUCCUGGACGCGGCGCAACGCCACCGUGCGGAGGCACGCGCACACCCUCGUGGCGCUCUGCUACACCGAGCCCGAGCUGAUCCAGACGGCGCCCUCGCUGCUCGCCACGGCCAGCAUCUGCGCCGCAGUGCGGGGGCUCAACCUGCCCUGGGCGUGCACCGCGGUGUCGCGGGCGUGCCAGCUGACCCGGGUGUCGGCGUCCGCGGCGGAGCGCGUCGUGCUGCACAUCGAGCGCCUGGUGGCCAGCGAGGCCGCCGCGCUGGUGGGCGGCAACGGCGGGAUGGCCACCGACGCACCGCCCUCGCCACUUGUUCAGUUAGCUGUGAUAGGAAAUGCAAUUAUAAAUGAAGUUUGA